AUGCCCCCCUCUCUCCUCCAACAAAAACAGGUCCUCAAGCUCUGCGGCCCCGAACCCCUGACCAAAUACGUCGUCGCCGGCGUCGUCGGCCUGCAAGUCCUCCUCGCCUACAUGCUGCGGUCCACUCCCUUCUGGUCCUGGCAGUUCUGGGCCGUCGCCUACGUCUUUGGCGCCACGGCGAACCAGAACCUGUUCCUGGCCAUCCACGAGAUCUCGCACAACCUGGCCUUCCGGAGCCCGCUCGCCAACCGGCUGCUUGCCAUCUUUGCCAACCUGCCCAUUGGUAUCCCCUACAGUGCUUCGUUCAGGCCAUAUCACCUCACCCACCACAAGUCCCUCGGCGUCGAUGGCCUCGACACCGACCUCCCCACCGCCGUGGAAGCCUUCCUGCUCGACUCCAUCUUCGGCAAGGCCUUCUUCUGCACGUUCCAAAUCUUCUUCUACGCCAUCCGCCCCAUGGCCGUCUACCGCAUCCCCCUGACCUGGGUGCACCUCCUCAACGUCGUCGUCCAGCUCUCCUUUGACGCCCUCCUCAUCCACUACGCCUCCCCCAACGCCCUGCUCUACCUGCUGCUCUCCUCCUUCCUGGCCGGCAGCCUGCACCCCCUGGCCGGCCACUUCAUCGCCGAGCACUACGUCUACGAGACCGUCACCCCCACCCAGCGCGACCCGGACAACAAGGUCCCCGUCCCCGAGACCUUUUCCUACUACGGGCCCCUCAACAUCCUCACGUACAAUGUCGGCUUGCACAACGAGCACCACGACUUCCCGGCCAUUCCGUGGACGAGGCUGCAUGCCGUGUAUGACAUUGCCAGGGAGUUUUACGAGGAUCUGCCCCGCCACGAGAGCUGGGUGUAUGCUAUCUGGCGGUUCAUCUGGGACGAGAAUGUGGGCAUUACCUGCCGCGUGAAGAGGAAGAAUGGCGGUCGCAUCGUGGGCGGCGCGGUCCAGUGGAAGCAAUCUGAAAUUGAGGCUUGA